AUGUUAACGCUGUCUGGCGCUUACCCCUCCCUGCGCCAUCCUUUCGAGCUUGAAAAACAAUCUGAUGAAUGCCCGUGUGAACCUUUACAACGCCCUGAUCGUUUCAACAAAGAGGAGCUAGCUCGCUGGAUGGUUCACUCGAUGGAUUGGGGCGUUUUGACAACGAUUAGUACGCGCUUGCCUGAUGGACAACCCUUUGGAAAUGUUUACAGUUUUGUGGACGGUCCUUGCGGAAAGGGCAUGGGCACUCCCUACUUUUACGGAACCUACAUGGAUCAGUCUUUCCACGACAGCAAACAGAACGACAAAGUGUCUUUCACUUUAACGGAAGCCUCGCUUCCUUCGAGUCCUGUCUGUGCGCGCUUAACACUCUCUGGCAAGCUCGUGGAAGUGAAUCCUGAUUCCGAAGAAUACACCCGCGCUCAGGCCGCGUUUUUCCAACGUCAUCCCCAAAUGGCUACCUGGCCAUCCGAGCACAAUUGGAUCAUUGCUAAGUUGGAGAUUGAGGAUCUCUGGCUCAUCAACUUCUACGGUGGGGCCGCCAUCCUUUCUAUCGAAGAGUAUUUCAGCGCUAAGCUUUCUCCUGAUAUGCAGUUGGAACGUCUUUAGAGGGAAAGUUGCCUUUUCAAAUUUCCGAAGCUCAGUAGGCAGCAUAUAUCUUAAGGUUACAAAUUUGAUGUAAAAAAUAUGCUCUGACAGUAAUUGUAAGUAGUCCUCAUAGAUUUGCCAUUUAUGC